GAAAUAUUUUUUUUGUUGCCCUUUGACAGCAAGAGCGGCCGGAGUUGGGUUGUCGCACAUAUGAGUAACGCGCUGCCCCGGUUCAACAGUACUCGCCUGCAGUACAUCUCUUUGUGGACAGGGAUAAAUCGGUCAGCUUCUGUGAACAAGGAAUAUUAAUUUAAGGGGCUUUCUUAAAACUGGCAAUAGUAUGAAAUUCAAAAAGAAGAAUAAUGUUUAAAAUGGAAAGUACAGGAUUCCAAUGAAGUAAAAAUGUCUGUGGAACUGGAUGUCUUUGUGGGUAAUACCACAAUUAUGGAUGAAGAAGUAUAUCAGUUGUGGCUCGAUGGAUAUACAGUGAAUGAUGCAGUUAGCAUUCGUAUGAAGAGUGGUAUAUUGGAGCAGUUUGGCACAACUGAAGAUGUACUGGAGAGUGACACAAUGGACCAUUAUCGCACUUUUCAGAUGACUGAGCGCCUAUUACACCACCCUUCUAAACUGGUAAACCAGGUCCUGUUCCAGAUUCCCCCACAUAGGCAGGCGAUGCUCAUUGAGAGAUACUAUGCUUUUGAUGAGGCAUUUGUGCGGGAAGUUCUUGGGAAGAAAUUGUCCAAAGGUACUAAGAAGGACCUUGAUGAUGUUAGUGCCAAAACUGGCAUCACCCUCAAAAGUUGUCGCCGUCAGUUUGAUAACUUCAAACGUGUAUUCAAAGUGGUGGAAGAAAUGAAGGGCCCACUUGUGGAAAAUGUACAGUGUAACUUUUUGCUUUCUGACAAGCUUGCCAGAGAUUAUGCGGCCAUUGUGUUCUUUGCCAACAGUCGUUUUGAGACUGGUAAAAAGAAACUGCAGUACCUGACAUUUGAAGAUUUUGCAUUUUGUGCUUGCCAGCUCAUUCAGAACUGGACUGUGGGUGCUGUGGAUAACAUGGUAGAAGAUAUGGAUGUGGAUUUAGACAAAGAGUUUCUACAAGACCUGAAAGAUCUUAAAAUCCUUAUUACAGAUAAGGAUAUGCUGGAUCAGCAUAAGAGCUUGGUCUGCACUGGCUUGAGAGGAAAAAUUCAGGUUUUCAAUGAAAUGGAAGGGAACUUUAAGAAUCUCUCUAGAGGUCUAAUAAAUAUUGCAGCAAAGCUGACCAACACAAAAGAUGUUCGUGACUUUUUCAUUGACCUUGUGGAGAAGGUUAUAGAACCUUGCAAAGCAGACAGAUGGCUAAUAAGUGAUGUGCGGGCUUUCCUUACCCAGUAUACAAACUCUGCGAGAGCACUUGAUGGCUUUAAACACCAGGCAGUAUGGGAAAGGUAUAUGUGUGUCAUCAAGAGCUGUAUAUUGAAAAUGUAUCACGAUUAGGCCUCGUCCUCGUUUUCUGCUUGAUCAAAGCAUGUUCUGCUGAAUUAAGUUAUGGAGUGGAGCAUCACAGAAUCAAACACACAGCCACCAUUAAACUCUGAUAUACAGUAAUUUUAUGAGUGACAUCCUGAAUAUCAAAGAAGAGUGAACACUUGGAAGAGUGUAAAAACACAUAAAUUAUAUAUAGUAAAACUUUAAUGUGGGAUUUUUUUUUCCUGUUCUGAAACUCCAAUGCCUGUGAAAUCCAGUUCCUUUUUGACUGAAACUUUUGGCGGAGUCAGCCAAGAUAAUCAUUCUUUGUGUUGUUUUUAUCAUCUAAUUUAAUAUUUACUUAAAAGGUUUAAUUCUGGUCAACCAAAAUGUAACAUAACAUUUUCUUUGUAUAUAAAAUCUUUGAACUCACAAAAUAUAUUCCUGCUCUUCUUUGCAGUAAAAUUACAAAUAACUUUGGCAGUGGGUGUUGAGAGUCUGACUACAUGAGUAGUGAUAAAUACUUUAAAUAUAGUGAAAAUGCAGUCUGCACUUUAGAAGCCAUAACUUCAUUUCAUGUUUUGUUUUUAGAAAAAAAAAAUCACUUUUAGCUAAGAGAGUUUACUGACAAACAUACAGAGACUAACCACUUCCUGAGAGUCAUCUGUCUGUACAGUACAGUAUGUCAAAGUUAACCUCUGAGUUUCCUGCUGUUGAACAUGUCCAGGAGUUGCACAGUCCUACUACAUGACUCAGAACAGAUUGGUUCCUGCCUUGUGCCCUGUGUUGGCUGGGAUUGGCUCCAGCAGACCCCCGUGACCCUGUGUUCGGAUUCAGCGGGUUGGAAAAUGGAAUAGUAUUCCCUGUACAUGUUGCGUUUACUUGCCAUUGCUUAGUAAACAAGGAAAGGCUAAUAUUCACACUGUAAAUAUGUGUCUUUAGAUUGUCAGCAUCAGAAAUCUCACUGUUUACUCUGGCCAAGGUCUAGUGGUGUGGUUAUGUACAGAGAAACAUGAUUUUAAUUUAUUUGUGUGUGUGUUAACUAGGGAGUUUUAACUUCACAGACGGACCUGUUCAUGCUGGCACUGUGUUAAAGAAGUUCUGCUGAUGGUGCUGCUUUACAGCUACAAUGAUGACAAGGUAACCAGUAGUAAUACUUUCUAAUCAUGGUACCGGUGAGCAGCAACAUGAUGCAUGUUGACCAGCACAUAAAAGUAAGAUUUUUACUGUACUCUUCAUAUAUGACAGUAUUGACCCUAUAAAUCUAAACUAUAAACUGUGCUAAUGGCUGAGAUCUUAGCCAGUACAAAUUGAGUAGUUAAUAUAAUGUGCACAAUGACCACUGAUCUGCUUGUACAAAUGUGUAUAUAUGUGAUUAUAAAAAUAUUGAAUUAAUAAAGAUACUUUUUUCAUGA